CAAUUGAGUCAAGAUGGCCUCCGACAAGCCUGCCGACCAGUAUGCGGAGGUGUUCGAGGAGGGCGAUGUCUCCAAGGAGGCCCAGACCGUCCACCGCAUCCGGGCCAACUCGACUAUUAUGCAGUUGAACAAGAUUCUGGUUGCCAACCGUGGUGAAAUUCCCAUUCGUAUCUUCAGAACUGCUCACGAGUUGUCUCUUCACACCAUUGCCAUCUUCAGUUAUGAGGACCGCCUCUCCAUGCACAGACAGAAGGCCGAUGAGGCGUACGUCAUUGGCAAGCGUGGACAAUACACCCCCGUUGGUGCUUAUCUCGCCUCCGACGAGAUCGUUAAGAUUGCCGUCGACCAUGGCGCCCAGAUGAUCCAUCCCGGUUAUGGUUUCCUCUCUGAGAACGCUGAUUUCGCUCGCAAGGUUGAGAAGGCCGGUCUUAUCUUUAUCGGCCCUUCGCCCGAAGUGAUCGACGCCCUUGGUGACAAGGUCUCUGCUCGCAAGCUUGCCAUUGCCGCCGGUGUCCCCGUCGUCCCUGGUACCGAGGGUGCUGUCGACACCUUCGAGGCCGUCAAGGACUUUACCGACAAGUACGGCUUCCCUAUCAUCAUCAAGGCUGCCUAUGGCGGAGGUGGUCGUGGUAUGCGUGUCGUCCGCGAGGAGGCUUCCCUGAGGGAGUCCUUCGAGCGCGCCACCUCCGAGGCCAAGAGUGCCUUUGGCAACGGCACCGUUUUCGUCGAGCGCUUCCUCGACAAGCCCAAGCACAUCGAGGUCCAGCUUCUUGGUGACAACCACGGCAACAUUGUCCACCUGUACGAGCGUGACUGCUCCGUCCAGCGUCGCCACCAGAAGGUCGUCGAGAUUGCCCCCGCUAAGGACCUUCCCACCGAGACUCGCGAUGCUAUCUUGGCCGAUGCCGUCAAGCUCGCCAAGUCGGUCAACUACCGCAAUGCCGGUACCGCUGAGUUCCUUGUCGACCAGCAGAACCGCUACUACUUCAUUGAGAUCAACCCCCGUAUCCAGGUCGAGCACACCAUUACUGAGGAGAUCACCGGGAUCGACAUUGUCGCCGCCCAGAUCCAGAUCGCCGCUGGUGCUACUCUUGAGCAGCUUGGUCUCACCCAGGACCGCAUCACUACCCGUGGUUUCGCCAUCCAGUGCCGUAUCACCACUGAGGAUCCCGCCAAGAACUUCCAGCCCGAUACUGGCAAGAUUGAAGUCUACCGCAGCGCUGGUGGUAACGGUGUCCGUCUCGACGGCGGUAACGGCUUUGCUGGUGCCGUCAUUACUCCAGUCUAUGACUCUAUGUUAGUGAAAGUGAGCUGCCGUGGCAGCACCUUUGAGAUUUCCCGACGCAAGGUCUUGCGUGCCCUGAUCGAAUUCCGUAUUCGCGGCGUCAAGACCAACAUUCCAUUUUUGGCUUCUCUCCUCACACACCCGACUUUCAUCGAGGGCAACUGCUGGACUACCUUCAUUGAUGAUACGCCGUCGCUCUUCGACCUAGUUGGAAGCCAGAACCGUGCUCAGAAGCUCCUUGCUUAUCUGGGCGAUGUCGCCGUCAACGGCAGCAGCAUCAAGGGUCAGAUCGGUGAACCCAAGUUUAAGGGUGAUAUCAUCAUCCCCGAGCUCCAUGAUGCUUCUGGCAACAAGAUCGAUGUCAGUCAGCCUUGCACCAAGGGCUGGCGCCAGAUCAUCCUCGAGCAGGGCCCCAAGGCCUUCGCCAAGGCUGUCCGCGACUACAAGGGCUGCCUUCUCAUGGACACCACCUGGCGUGAUGCCCACCAGUCUCUCCUUGCCACCCGUGUGCGUACGGUCGAUCUGUUGAACAUCGCCAAAGAGACCAGCCAUGCUCUCCACAACCUCUACUCCUUGGAGUGCUGGGGUGGUGCCACCUUCGAUGUCGCCAUGCGUUUCCUCUACGAGGAUCCUUGGGACAGACUCCGCAAGAUGCGCAAGCUUGUGCCCAACAUUCCCUUCCAGAUGCUCCUCCGUGGCGCCAACGGUGUUGCCUACGCUUCCCUGCCCGACAACGCCAUUGAGCACUUCGUCGAGCAUGCCAAGAAGAACGGUGUCGAUAUCUUCCGUGUCUUCGAUGCCCUUAACGACAUCCACCAGCUCGAGGUUGGUAUCAAGGCUGUCCAGAAGGCAGGCGGUGUGUGCGAGGGUACCGUUUGCUACAGCGGUGACAUGCUUAACCCCAAAAAGAAGUACAACCUUGAGUACUACCUCAAGCUCGUUGACGAGCUUGUCGCUCUUGACAUUGAUGUCCUUGGUAUCAAGGAUAUGGCUGGUGUUCUUAAGCCCCACGCUGCUACCCUCCUCAUUGGCAGCAUCCGCAAGAAGUACCCCGACCUCCCCAUCCACGUCCACACUCACGACUCCGCAGGUACUGGUGUCGCCUCCAUGGUUGCUUGUGCCAUGGCUGGUGCUGAUGCUGUUGAUGCUGCCACUGACAGCUUGUCUGGCAUGACCUCUCAGCCCAGCAUCAACGCCAUCAUUGCUUCGCUUGAUGGCACUGACAAGGACACUGGUCUCGACGUCCACCAUGUCCGUGCUCUUGACACCUACUGGUCUCAGCUCCGUCUCCUCUACUCGCCCUUCGAGGCUCAUCUCACUGGCCCUGACCCCGAGGUUUACGAGCACGAGAUUCCUGGCGGUCAGCUCACCAACAUGAUGUUCCAGGCCUCUCAGCUUGGCCUCGGCUCUCAGUGGCUUGAGACUAAGAAGGCCUACGAGGAGGCCAACGACCUCCUCGGUGACAUUGUCAAGGUCACUCCUACCUCCAAGGUCGUUGGUGACUUGGCUCAGUUCAUGGUUUCCAACAAGCUGUCCAAGGAUGAUGUCUUGGCCCGCGCUGGCGAGCUCGACUUCCCCGGCUCCGUCCUCGAGUUCCUCGAGGGUAUGAUGGGUCAGCCCUACGGCGGUUUCCCUGAGCCUUUCCGUACCAAGGCACUCCGUGGCCGUCGCAAGCUCGACGCUCGCCCUGGUCUCUUCCUCGAGCCCAUCGACUUCCCCAAGGUCCGUAAGGAGCUCGCUCGUAAGUUCGGCAGCGUCACCGAGUGCGAUGUUGCCAGCUACGUCAUGUACCCCAAGGUCUUUGAGGACUACAAGAAAUUCGUGGCCAAGUUCGGUGAUCUCUCCGUCCUUCCCACCAAGUACUUCCUGUCCAGGCCCGAGAUCGGCGAGGAAUUCCACGUCGAGCUUGAGAAGGGCAAGGUCCUCAUUCUCAAGCUCCUCGCUGUCGGUCCUCUCUCUGAGAACACCGGCCAGCGUGAGGUGUUCUACGAGAUGAACGGUGAGGUCCGCCAGGUUACCGUCGACGACAAGAAGGCGUCGGUCGAGAAUGUGAGCAGGCCCAAGGCCGAUCCUACCGACUCCAGCCAGGUCGGCGCCCCCAUGGCCGGUGUUCUCGUUGAGCUCCGCGUCCACGACGGUACCGAGGUCAAGAAGGGCGAUCCCAUCGCCGUUCUCAGCGCGAUGAAGAUGGAAAUGGUCAUCUCCGCUCCUCACAACGGUGUUGUCUCCUCCCUUGCCGUCCGCGAGGGUGACUCCGUCGAUGGCUCUGACCUCGUCUGCCGCAUCGCCAAGCCCGGCGACAAAUAAGCAACUAGAUAAUCGAAUAACAGGCUGUCAUUCCAUCGUUAAAGACUCGAGGAAAUAGAGGCAGUUCGAGUGUCACGCAACAGAGCUACCGACCAAAUUGUGUUUAUGCUUCCACGACGAGACGAACAUUUUCAAAAAGAAAGAGAAACGGCGCGUCGUUGUUCGGAGUCCGGCCGGGUUUUUGUUACUUGGGAAUGAUUAUAUGGCACAUGGAUUUUGAUAUGAAGAGCUGGAUGGAGGAAUGGAUGACAUGAACAUCAAUCCCUCCAAACACAAUUUGGGCACAUCGAGGGACGCCGGGCCGGGCCCUUCAAAAGCCCAAGCAGCGUGCAGAGAGUGGAGCUUGUAGCACUCGAUACCUCAUGUAUGCAUGAAGCAAAAUAGUGAUUUCAUUUCAUUACAUGGUAAACUCUUAGGCGUCCUCCUCAAA